AGCACCAGAGCAUAUAUAUUUUAGUCAUAACAUACAUAUGAAUCGGCUAGCAACAUAUAAUUGGCAGUGAGUUAUAAUAAUUCCCCAAUAUCACCGAUUAGUGGCUAAAUCAAAGAAAGAAUUUUGUGUGCAGUCUUCCCUUGACGAAUACUAUAUGCGAUUGCGUCAUUAAGGUAGCUUUCAUCACCUGUUGAAAAGAAAUUUAGUUUUAGAUUCCGAAAACAUCAUGGAAGAUAUGUUGAAUACCCUGAAGUCCAAGAUUUUGGCCUCUGGCAAGCACAAGCUUUGCCACUCUGAGUACGCCCUUCUAAAGACCGAUUCAGAUCGCGUUAAGUAUACGAUUCAAAUACUCAUCGACAAUUCCAUGGUGAUCACUCCAAUAAACACCAACAAGUCCUUGUCGGCCAGCGCUGACCUGUGGAGGAGGGCUAACCAACUCCUCGUUUCGCCCUCGCACAGAGACCGUCUUGAUGAAUGUUUUGAAGCAUACACACAGAGCAUUGCCGUCGCUCCCACCGGUACGGAAGGAUUAUCCCUAGCCUACGCAAAUCGUUCUGUGGUCCUCUACAAGGCUCACCUCUACCAGGACUGCCUCCUGGACAUAUCGCGAGCCCUCGCACUCCCUUAUCCCGAUAAAUUGAAAUCAAAACUCUACACUCGUCAGGCGCGAUGUCUCAUGACCAGAGAAAACACCUCCGAAUCUCAGAAAAAGGAAGUGGAGGAUUCCCUAGGGAAGGCUCGACUCUGGCUGGAGAAGAUGGAUCCGAUGAAUCAGGGGAAAUCCGUCGUCGAGAAGACGCUGAUGAACCCCGAAAAGAUGAUGCCAACGGAGAAGCCUUUCGUCAAAUGGAAUCCACACAAAAAUAUCCCUAGCAUUGCCGAUGAAAAUCCGGAAAUCUCCGGUGUAUCUUCGUGUCUCGAGCUCAAGUACUCAGAACAGUCUGGGAAGCACGUGGUCGCGACUAGAGAUAUUUUCCCAGGAGAGACCUUAGCGAUUAUGGAGCCAUACGCUGCUGUCCUACUAACACCUGAGAAAUCCUUUACCCACUGCUGGAGGUGCAUGGAGCAGACCUGGAGCUCGAUUCCCUGUCCAAAUUGUGUCAACGUCGUCUUCUGCAGUGAGGACUGCCGGGAGAAAGCGUGGGAGGAACAUCAUUACAUUGAGUGUGAUGUCAUCGGACCUCUACUGGCACUGGAGAUGAGUCACUUGGGGCUUUUGAGCAUGAGGAUGGCGGUCCAAGCGAUCAAGGAGGCGGGAGGGAUAAAGGAGUUGAUGAAAAAGGUUGAGGAAAUCGAGAACAAGGUGGGAAGGACAAAUGGAUUUACUGGGGGAAUCCUGAACGAUAAAGAUUAUGCCAGUGUUUACACGCUCACUAGGAAUACGGAGAAGAGAUCGGUUGCGGAUUUAUUUGGACGAUCGCUUAACGCUGCUCUUAUAAUUUACAUCCUAGCGACGACAAGUGAGCUCUUCGGGAAAAGAUUGCCAAACGAUCUGAAGGGGCUCUUGGAGAAUGAGGAGGCUAUGUUCGUAGCGGGACUCAUCAUGAGGCAUCAGCAGAUCAUUCCGAGUAAUGCACAUGAGAUUGCAGAGGAAGUGCUGGGGAUAGACCCUAUAGGAAGAGCCGCAGCUAUAAUGCCAUUCUACAGUCUGAUCAAUCACAGUUGCAGCCCGGGAGUCGGUAGGACGACUUAUGGAAAAAAAAUGGUUAUCUAUUCAGAUGCUAUUAUUCGACAGGGUGAAGAGGUGUUCGAUAAUUAUGGAGCUCAUUUUGCUAUAAUGCCAAAAAUACCUCGACAGCAGUUUUUAGCGCAACAGUUUCGAUUUAAGUGCAACUGUGAGGCUUGUCUUGAGGAUUGGCCCACGUACAAUCGGAUUCCCUCGUUUGAGCAUCAACAAUUAUCAGAAGAGGACAAACUGCAGAUAAGACGAGCCGCGACUAAAUGUCGUAAUUAUCAUGCGAAAACGAAGCUCCGACAGCUCGACAAUGCCCCAAAAAUGAUCCAGGAUCUCCAAAACGUGAUUAAAACAAUCAUGCUGUAUGGAAAUUUACCAUGCCAAGAGCUCAAUGAGGCUGUCGAGAUCAAAAAGAGAAUCUACGCCCUACUAGGGAAUCAAUAUCAAUCAUUGAAUCGAUGUUCUUCGUCAUCGUAACUGUCGUGACUUCCAUUUUUUACAUUAAGAAACCAAAAAAAAAAAACAGAUUCCAUUUUCCAUUAUAAAAAAAAUGAAGAGUUGUGAGUACACUAUGUUAAUUAUGACUUGACCUAGUCACUAAUAAAUACCGUUUUUUAUGAAUGGAAUUAAAUAUAUUUGUUGAUUAAAAUAUUCCGGUGAAUUUAUUGCGAGUAUAGGAUAGGAUAUUCAACACAGAGAUAAAUAAUUUUUUCAGGGAUGAAAAAGUAACUUUUUUAAAUUGGCCUUGUACAAAUUUUCUAAAAUCUAAUUAACAUUAUUGAAACAAUAAACAAA